UGAGACAUCAUUUGUGUACUCACCUUCGACCUGAUACAUAGCAAACAUGCAACUGUUCAUCAUCGCCACCGCUGUCUUCGGCAUCGCCGCCGCCGCCUACUCCCCCUACCAGGAGCAAAACCGCCCCCAGGCUCAAUACGAGAAGAACGCUCGUAUCAUCGCUCUGGAGUCUGAGGUUAAGGAGGACUCCUACAGAUACAACUAUGAAACUGAAAACGGCAUCAAGGCCCAGGAGCAAGGACAAGAGGUCGAUGGUAUUGAAGCUCAAGGUGGUUUCCAAUACACUGGUGAUGAUGGUCAGGUGUAUUCCAUCAGCUAUGCUGCUGGUGCCAAUGGCUUCCAGCCCCAGGGUGCCCAUCUCCCAGUACCUCCCCCCACCCCCGAAGCCAUCUUGAAGGCUUUGGAGCAAAACGCACGUGAUGAAGCUGCCGGAAUCAUUGAUGACGGUCAAUACAACCCUGGCAAGUACGCGGGCGCUGGUGCCGCAGCCGCCCCAGCCUUUGUUCAGCCUUCAUACGCUCGCGCUCAAGCCUCCGCUGGUUUCCGUAAACCUUACAAAUUCUAAAUCCCAAAAUACACCACCCUACUCACAUUAAAAUGAAUCUAGGUUGAAUACUCAAAAGUAAAACAAGAGGCUAAAUUAAAUCAUAAAAUCGUAUGUAAUUCAAACUAUCUGUAUUAUAUAAAUAGCUUUUUGUAAUCAAUGUUAACAAAUAAAUAUUCAUGUAAAUGGGGUUAUAAUGAUAAGUGAUCAACCAUACAACAUUAUGUGAUAAUUUGUAGUUAUAUCCAGUGAAUGGAAAUAGAUUAUUUAUUCUAUGAAUAAAACAUUUUUAUGAAAAAAAA